CUCUAACUUCUGUUCAGUUAGAGCUUCAUUGGCAUUCACGCACAACAUGGGCGACAAGGCGUCUGGAUCGGUUUCAACUUCCCCACUGGACUCCCACACCCACUCCAGCUUACCUUCCCUACCCUCAGACCUCGCCCCGAUGGAUUUCGAACAAUUCAAGCAACAGCUGUCCUCAAGUUGUGGCUACAGCCAGCACAUGCAACAGGCGAGCAUGGACAGUGGAGCGGGCACGGCCCGACUACUAUCCCGCUCCGACUGGGGCGCUAGGCUGCCCAAAUCCGUGGAGCACUUCGAGGGCCCAGCCCCGUACGUGAUCAUCCACCACUCGUACAUGCCGGGAGUCUGCUUCAGCACGCCGGAGUGCAUGAAGAGCAUGCGCGACAUGCAGGACUUUCACCAACUGGAGCGCGGUUGGAACGAUAUCGGAUAUAGCUUCGGCAUAGGCGGAGACGGCAUGAUCUACACUGGAAGGGGCUUCAACGUUAUCGGAGCCCAUGCACCCAAGUACAAUGACAAGAGUGUGGGCAUUGUCCUCAUUGGAGAUUGGAGAACUGAACUCCCGCCCAAACAAAUGCUGGAUGCGGCCAAGAACCUGAUCGCCUUCGGCGUCUACAAGGGAUACAUCGACCCCACUUACAAGCUCCUGGGUCACCGGCAGGUUCGGGACACCGAGUGCCCCGGUGGCAGGCUCUUCGAGGAGAUCUCCAGCUGGCCGCACUUCACCAAGCUCAACGCCACCGAGACCACCACCACGACCCAGGCCCCGGUGGAGCCCCAUGUGCAUCCCCAGCCACCUAUUGCCAAAUCCCCGCCAGCCGCUAGCCAGCCCAAGGCCUAGGCCUGGCCUAGGACCCUAUAUAAUAACCCUCAACCCACCAGAGGUUGAGAGAAGCCACAACGAGCUCGGCUCCCCGCACAAUGCCAAGGAGUUCAUUCAGUAUUCAUUAGAUAUCUCUUCGAACAUUUCACAAAUAAAGCAAUUUCUAGAUGAUAACACUUAAGCAUAA